CGGCUCUAACUUUAAAACCCAUAUAAUAUAUAUACAUAUACAUAUAUAUAUAUAUAUAUAUUGAAGGAAUCUUCUCCAAGUUCGUUUAUACUCCCAUGUGCGAAAUGGUAGAUAUCUAUAAACAAUUUUGUAUGAAGUACUACUUGUAUGGCUAAUCCUCCAACAGACGUGCCCAAAAGUGACCAACCACCAAACCCAUCUAUAUCACUCAUUGUCCCUCUCCCUACUUCUGACCCUGACUCUUCUCCUUCUCCUCUUCAUGAUCAUCAUGAGCACCAAAAACCACCGGGUCGACCCCAAGACCGGCCUCCUCCUCCUCCUCUGCCGCCGCAGCAGCAGGGGCCGGUUCUAUCCCCACGAGGAGGCGCGGCGGGCUCGGUGCGGCGGCACCCGGUGUACCGGGGGAUCCGGUGCAGGAGCGGGAAAUGGGUGUCGGAGAUUCGGGAGCCCCGAAAGACGACGCGCAUAUGGCUCCGGCCGCAGCCCACCCCCCACAUGGCGGGGGGCGGCGCCGCCGCGGAAGCCGAGCCGAGCCAGCUGAAGCCGGAGGGAUCGGAUUCGAAACAGCCGGAGGAUUGGCCGGUGAAUGAGGAAAUUAGUACGCCGGAGACUGCCGGAGGGGAGUUUAUUGACGAGGAAGCGAUUCUUAAUAUGCCGAAUUUUCUGGUGAACAUGGCGGAGGGAAUGCUCGUAAGCCCGCCGCGGAUUAAUACGCCGUCUUCGGACGACUCGCCGGGGAAUUCAGAUGGAGAAUGCCUUUGGAGCUAUACUUAAAAAUUCAAAGUGUCAUGGUUAAUAUUCAUCAAAUAAUGGUAUUCAAAGCAAUAUGAAAGUGAUGAGGAGAAAAGAAAGUACGGUAUGUGAAUUCAGGUACUUCUUUUGCUUCUGGUGUGUGAUUUUUUCUUGGUUUUUUUUCUUUUUUUUCUUUUUCGGAAUUGUUUUUUGGGUUAUUGCCAACUCGUCUUUGCUGCUGAAAAAUUUGUGUCGAACCGUACGUGUAAAAAAAGUAGACAACUACACGUGCAAAGAAGAUUUUGCUUUUCUUUCAUUCGCUGCGCUAACAUACAUAUAUGUCAUAUAUAUAUAUAUAUGUGUGUGUGUGUGUGUGUGUGUGUGUACUAGUUUGUAUAUAUGCGUCGAUCGUCAUGUGAGAACUGAGAAUUAAAUUUGUCUUUCUAGUUAUAAAGCCUUUUGAUUUUUCCUCUUUUGGAAAGAGAGUACUACUUAUAUAUAAGAGAGAGAGAUGAUCGGCUUUUGUUGGUUUUUCCAAUUCGAAUUGGAUCGGUCAUAUAUUAUAAUUAAUCUUCUUCUUUGUAUUUACAAUUGAAAAGCUAGUGCUUCGUCCCAUUUCUAGAGUCUGUAUGAAGCUCGAGCUAGGAUCGGAUUGAGAGAUAAAUUAGCAUAAUUUUUGUGGUCUGAGUUUUUUUUUUUUUUUUUUUUAACUCAUAAAAGAGUUUUUGUGACUGUGAACAUAUACAUUCCCUCAUUAAAUAUACGGUAUGCUGCUUAGAUCUGCGCCCAACAAAAAUAUUUAUAUCUUGUGCUUUAUACUUGAUGCUCAACCAAUAAUGCUGUCGGAAUCAUAAUAUUAUAAUAUAUACAUCUUUCGUGUGUGUAUAUAUGUAUAUAUCCCUCAUUAAUGAUCAGAAACAACAUAAUAGCAUUUCACUUUUAAAGGCAAGAAAUUCUACAAUGUAAUUU